GGUAGGAAGGAAGGACGCCAUGGAAUGGCAUGAGGCAAGUAGAUCUAGGAGUAGGCAAAACUACUGAUUCCUUAUGGAACCCUGCACGGACUCCCCUAGCUUGUUUCUUGAACCUCUGACAAAGCGGAGGUAAAGUGUGCAGGGCAGGAACUUCGUCCAAGUUACAUCGUCUCGUGGCUGGAUAAUACCUCUGACGACGGCCGCUGCACUCUCCGCACCAAACCGUUUUUUUUCCCGCAUUGUUGGCUCCUUCGGUUCUUAGCUCGACGAUAAGCGCUCUCUUUCCACUCUUCACUUUUGCCAGCCUAACUAGGUCUUCCAGCCAUGUCGAACGCAAUGGCGGGGCGAUUAGACCUUCCGUCUCCCAUUACCUCGUCGAAGCUCUCGCUAAGAUCGUCGCAGUCCGGCGUAUCAUCGUCAUCGCCUUGUGCCUCGCCGUUCAAAGGAUCAUCCUUGCGCCUCACAAAAACGUCAUCCGCACCCUCCGCUCCCCCAACCUUCGCCCCGCUUCCCCCACGCGCGCUUCCCCCCCGGCUCAGCCUCGUUUCCUCCUCCGCCGUUCCGCGCGUCGUUGCAUCCGCCGCCGCCGCCUCUCCCGCCGACUUUCCCGCGCCCGGGUUGGGUCCCGGCGAGCCGCCAUUUAAUAUCAACACCGAGGAGCUUCAAGAGGAGCUUUCCCGCGCUUUCCGCUGCGCCAAGAAGCAGUCGAAAGUCGCCCUUCGGAAGCUGGCGGACGGCACGGCGGGGGCUUUGCGCUCCGCGCAGAGCAAGGUGGCGGAGUUUGAGCGGGAGAACGACUUGCGGGGAAAGGCGAGGGAGGCGGUGGGUGCGGCGAACGAGCGGCUCGAGGAGGUCGCGUUCGAGGCGGAACGACACGCGUUUCGUUUCGACGCGCAGUUCGGGGUUUCAAGUAGAGUGGAGGAGAUGAAACGCACAGUGGUGGGCGCGGCGUAUGAUGCGGAUUGUAACUGGCGGAUUCGACAAAGAAUGCGAGACGUGAUCAAGGAGAUCCAGUACCAACUACCCAAGUAUUUGAAGCGGUGGGGGGAGUUCAGAACCACGCCUGCCGGCCAGCUCGCCAUGCCCUUCCCCUACAUCCGCCUCACACUCCCCCUUCUCUUCCCUCGCCAGUUCAUCCAUAACGUCUGGCUCCUCAUCCCGGGGUGGCUUGCUCGGAUCUUCCUCUGGUCGCUCUGCAUUCUCCCGCUGCUGCCAAGCUUUUCCCAGUCGCUACUCUUGCUCUUCUUGGUCUUCCCCUACAUCCGCCUCACACUCCCCCUUCUCUUCCCUCGCCAGUUCAUCGUUUUCGCGUGGCUCCUCAUCUCGGGCUGGCUCGCGCAGAUCUUCCUCUGGUCGCUCUGCAUCGUCCCGCUGCUCCCUCUGCUCGCUAGGGCUCUCGCCAAAGCAGCCUUCGUUGAGGGUGAUUGCCCCUCGUGUGGAGUUCGCUUCAUCGGUCCCCGCCGCGAGCUGUUAAUCUGCAGGGGAUGCCACCAUGUGGUGUGGACGCCCAAGGGCUGGGGAUCCCCAAGAGGAGCGCAAAGCACUGCCUCUGGAAGCAGUAGCAGCACCACCAGCAGCGGCAGCAGCAGCAGCAGCAGCAGCGACAAGAGCAGUAGCAGCCGGGGUAAAAACCGCAGUGCCCGUGGCACUGAAAAUGCUGAGGUUGAUAUCAUUGAUGUGGUUGCGAUCAGUCCAGCAGCAGCCUAGAUUUGAGGGGGGGUGGUAUGCAACAGCAGCAGCAGCUAUUAGAGGACGGUAAAACCUCGCCUCCGGCAGUGAUGGAGAUAGCAUUGCUUUAGUAGCAGUUAAAUAGCCCGAAUUGCAUAGAUAUGCCAAUCUUGCUACAGUUUUGACAUUUCUGAACGGGCAUGUAAGCUGGAAUCAAUGCAUAUGAAAUAU